CCAAUUUGGCCACGCCCUCCUCCCAUAUUGCCCCCGCCCCCUUUACCCGCUGACCCCGCCCCUCCCAGCCUCUCGUCUCCUCGUGCUGCGCGUCUGAGUGCCGCCAUGAACACGCCAAUCAUUCUGCUGAAGGAGGGCACGGAUACGUCCCAGGGGAUUCCACAGCUGCUGAGUAACAUCACGGCGUGCCUGGUGGUCGCCGAUGCGGUUCGCACCACGCUCGGCCCGCGGGGCAUGGACAAGCUGAUCAUCGACGAUCGCGGAAAAUCCACCAUCUCCAAUGACGGAGCCACCAUCCUGAAGCUUCUGGAGGUUGUCCACCCCGCUGGCAAGACUCUGGUGGACAUUGCUCGCUCUCAGGAUGCAGAGGUGGGCGACGGCACCACGUCGGUGACUCUGCUCGCCGCCGAGCUGCUGAAGCAAGUGCGGCAGUACGUGGAGGAGGGGAUGCACCCGCAGAUCAUCACGCGCGCCUUCCGCAAGGCCACCGGCCUGGCCAUCGAAAAGAUCAAAGAAAUAUCUGUGCCCGUCAAGAAGGAAGAUAAAGGAGAGCUCCGUGCUCUGCUCGUGAAGUGCGCCGCCACGGCGCUCAGCUCCAAGCUGGUCUCGCAGCAGAAGGACUUCUUCGCAGCUAUGGUCGUGGACGCCGUGUCGAUGCUGGAUGAGCUCAUGCCCCUCAACAUGAUCGGCAUGAAGAAGGUGCAGGGAGGCGGUCUCGAGGACUCCCACCUGGUGGCCGGUGUCGCGUUCAAGAAGACGUUCUCCUACGCCGGCUUCGAGAUGCAGCCCAAGACGUACGCGCAGCCCAAGAUCGCGCUGCUCAACGUAGAGCUCGAGCUGAAGGCCGAGCGCGAGAACGCCGAAGUGCGCGUCACCAACGUCCAGGACUACCAAGCGAUCGUGGACGCCGAGUGGGGCAUCCUGUACGACAAGCUGGCGAAGAUCGAGGCGUCGGGGGCGCGUGUCGUCCUCUCCAAGCUGCCCAUCGGCGACGUCGCCACGCAGUACUUCGCCGACAGGGACAUGUUCUGCGCCGGCCGCGUGGUCGAGGAGGACCUGAAGCGCACCAUGAUGGCUUGUGGCGGCUCAAUCCAGACCAGCGUCAGUUCCAUGACCGACGACGUUCUCGGACGAUGUGAGCUCUUCGAAGAGGUGCAGAUCGGCGGGGACAGGUACAACUUCUUCAAGGGCUGCCCGCAGGCUAAAACCUGCACGAUAAUCCUGCGCGGUGGAGCUGAGCAGUUCAUGGAUGAGACGGAAAGGUCUCUGCAUGACGCCAUCAUGAUCGUGCGGAGAGCCAUCAAGAACGACUCCGUGGUGGGCGGCGGUGGCGCGGUGGAGAUGGAGGUAUCCCGCUACCUGCGGGACGUGUCCCGCACCAUACCCGGCAAGGAGCAGCUGUUGCUCGGCGCGUACGCCCGCGCCCUCGAAGUGAUUCCGCGCCAGCUGUGCGACAACGCCGGCUUCGACGCUACAAACGUUCUCAACAAACUGCGGGCCAAGCACGCCCAGGGCGGGCUGUGGUUCGGGGUGGACGUGACGACGGAGGACGUCGCCGACAACAUGGUGGCGUGCGUGUGGGAACCGGCCGUCGUGAAGAUCAACGCCCUGACGGCCGCGUCGGAGGCGGCGUGUCUCGUGCUGUCGGUGGACGAGACGAUCCGGAACCCGCGCUCCUCGCAAGACGGCGGAGGCGCCGGCCGGGGCCGCCCGCACGCGCACUGAGUUCAACCGCGGCGCCGGCGGUUGACCGCCGGCGCCCAGGCCCGAUGUGAUGAAAGUGAGGGGGGCAGAUGAAGUCGACUCGACGUUUCGGGCACACAGCAAAGGCACGCGCGCGCGCGCAUGCCCAGUAUACCCACGUAGAAGUUUGAGCGCACACACCCGCGUUGUCCAAUGGCUGUCCCACGCUUUCUCCGCGUUAACCUGCUUAACAAGCGUCAAGAACUGUCCGGUCCUCGUCAAAUCAAUAAAGAAGUACUGUUUGGUUGCAUUGUU